AUAUAAAGGAACUACAGUUUUCUAAUGAGGAUAAAAAGAAAAGUUACAGUUGUGACCUAACCACAGAUACAUCCACAUCCUCCAAAUCGGAUAGUAAUACAUCUUCAACAAUAAAUGUAAAUAAUAUAUCCCCAUUGCCUUCCUCAUCGUCAACCUCAUCAGUCAUAACAAUAUCAACUACAAGUACAAAUACUCGAAUAAAAAAUCAAAAUGUAUUGAAUAAUUCAACAACCUUUGGUUCACGUAAUCGAAGACAAGAUUGGUGUAAAUGGCCUAUUUGUAUUCAGUACCGAACAACUGGUUAUUGUCUAGGAUAUAAUCCUAAUGGUACAUUACCAGCAUCAUCACAAAUGUGUCAAGCUGCUCAUAUUGGUCCAAAUGAUCAAGUACCUUUAUCAUCAGAUGGUCAA